UCUUCAGCAGAAGUAGCUUUUUGAAGCAGCGUGUGAGUUAGUGUGGUCUUUUGUCAGCUUCCACCAUGGCGUACCGUGGCCAGGGCCAAAAAGUGCAGAAGGUGAUGGUGCAGCCCAUCAACCUUAUCUUCAGAUACUUGCAAAAUAGAUCUCGGAUUCAGGUGCGGCUUUAUGAGCAAGUGAAUAUGCGAAUAGAGGGCUAUAUCAUUGGUUUUGAUGAAUACAUGAACCUUAUAUUAGAUGCUGCAGAAGAGAUUCAUUCUAAAACAAAGUCAAGAAAACAACUAGGUCAGAUCAUGCUGAAAGGAGAUAAUAUUACUCUCCUCCUAAGUGUCUCCAACUAGAAAUGACUAAUGAAAUGAAAAAUCAUUGAGGAGCAAUACAGUUUGUGUUUUUUAAGUGUUCUUUGUUGCGGGUAGUCCUUGAACAUUUAUUCAUAUCGUUUUGAGUACCCUUUUGCUAUUGCCAGACCACAAUAAAUGCUAUGUGAU